UUAGUGUUUAGCAUGAAAUAUUUACCAUCCGGAGUAUAUCUGUACAAGUUUGUGAGCAGUGUGUACCGUACUUCGAGAGAACGUCUGAAGAUAAAACAAAUAGAACUCGAAGAUUUAGUUUUAGAGAUCGCGAUGGUGAAGACGAAGCAGGUGGUCCGCGAGACGGAGUGCACGCAGCUGCUGGCGCUGCAUCAGCGCGAGGCGGUGCGCCUGCGCGACGUGCGCGCGCGCGUGCAGGCGCUCGUCGACGGCGACGACGCGCUGCGCAAGCUGCUCGACACCUUCGCCAUUGAGAGGCCUAGCUCCUUGGGACAUUAUACCAGCGAUCAAGACUUUAACUUGAUGGAUCUCCUGGCAUUCGAUAAGAAUGGAUUAGCAGACAGAACAAACGAUAGCGGUGAUGACCCCAGAGAAGAGCCCGUCUCCGCGAAGAGCGAAUACUCAUCGGUGAGUGAAGCGGAAGUUGAGAAGGACUGUCGGAUCAAAAUCAUUGAAGUGACCAACGUCUACAAAGUGGCGUAUCUCAAGCACUACAUUAAGCAGAAAAGAAUCCGUCGAGGUAGCAAACACGCUUUGUUAAAGAAAAAGAUGGCAAACAUCAAGAAGUUGUUGGAGAGCUGGCAAAACGCCCUCAACAUGGUAAUGAAGGACCACCAAUACAUACUGCGGCAAGACCGUGACGAGACGCCGGAGGACAUCAGCGCCUCGCGGCCACUCGACUCCGACACCGACAUCGACGACUACAGCCCGGACUGGGAGCAUCCUGGGCCUUACAAGAACCACUUUCGGGAGCCUGAAACAACCGAAUGUACAGAUGACUACCCAUGCCACGAGUACAACAACAAAUAUUACGGAAACUGCUACGAGGAGACCAAAAGGUCGGUGUAUGAAGAACAAGAGUCGAGGUGCGAGCCGCAGGACGCGCCGUGCGAGCGCGCGCCGCUGCCGCGCCUGGUGGAGGAGACUAGCAGCCAGCUGCUCGCCUUGCAGGACCUCACUCUCGACAACAACGAUUCCUCUAACGAACUCCUCGCGGUUUAAUUUUUGCGACAUUAAAAUUGAUUAAUGA